UAAAAUUUAAACAAAACACGAUAUAAAACAAAUAAAAUGUCACUUUUCGGUGCAUUGGGACUGAUGGGAGACUUCGACGAUGAUUUGGGACUAAUGAAUAACCACAUGAACAUGAACCAUACCAUGAAUGCCAUGGGUAUGCAAAUGCGCUCGAUGAACCGCUUGAUGAACACAUUCAUGCCGGAUCCUUUCAUGCAGGGAUCGCCAUUCGAUCCUGGAUUCCAGCAGGGCGGCCCCCAUCAAAUGGCUGCCAUGCCCGCCAUGGGUAUGUUCGGCAUGCCCAUGAUGCCAAAUUUCAAUCGUUUGCUCAAUGCCGAUAUUGGCGCCAAUCCAGGCGCUUCGUUUUGCCAAAGCACCGUGAUGACCAUGUCAUCGGGACCCGACGGCCGCCCACAGAUCUACCAGGCCAGCACCAGCACCAAAACCGGCCCAGGUGGCGUUCGCGAGACCCGUAAAACAGUCCAGGACUCGCGCACAGGCGUGAAGAAAAUGGCCAUCGGUCAUCACAUUGGAGAGCGCGCCCACAUCAUUGAGAAGGAGCAGGACAUGCGCUCGGGCCAGCUGGAAGAACGUCAGGAGUUCAUCAACCUGGACGAGGAAGAGGCCGAGCAGUUCGACCGCGAGUUUACCACUCGCGCCCAUCGCGGAGGCGGUCCACACGGCCGUCAUGGUGGCAUGCAGGCCAUUCGUGCACCUCCGCCAGCCGCCUCGACCUCUACACUGACCAUUGAGCCUGUCGAGGAUGACGACGACGAUGAUGACUGUGUGAUCCAGGAGCAGCAGCCGCAGGGCCGCUCGUCCGCUGGCCGCCAGUUGCCAACGCUGCCAGCACCUUCAACGGCUCCGCACGGAAGCCGCAAUGCUACAGCAGCAGCAACAACAACAACCACAGAGUCGUCCUCCCCAACGGUACAUGAUCCAUCGAACAACAACUACGUGAGCAUUGGAAAUUCGCGACGCGCCUACAUGCGCAAUGGGCAACACUUGGCCACUCCCCGUCGACCUCUGCGUACCCCCGCGUCCUCGCCGCUGGCCACGAUUUCCAGCGGCAGUCACAGCAUUGCAGCCACGCCAAGCAAACAUCCACAUCCUUAUGCGGCACAUCCAAGGCGCCAGCAGCGCCCCAUGAAGAACAGCCACCACCACCACACAGAAAAUGGCGGCGAAUCAUCAAGUGCCAAGUCGGGCAAGCGGGCCAAGAAAUAGAAGACACGCUCCCACUGCAAAAACACACAAUUGUUCAUCUCCAACCACAUACAACUACACACACACGCACCACUGGACAGCUAACGCUGAUCCUGUUCCAAAAGUACACUUAAUUAUGUUUUAGAAAAGAUACACACCACACACUAUACACACACACAGCUGUUUUGUGCGUUGUCCUGCCUGCGUUGUCGUGGGUUAUAUAUUGUCAAUUCCAACUAGACAUAACUAUCUGUCUGCGACAGGUAUAUGUUCCUUACCCGACUUUCGUACUGACCCGCAGGCAUGGCACAAACACCGCUCUGGCAUUGUCAAGCCGCUGCUCCAACUAAAAGCACUCACACUCUUCCCAGAAAAUUUUCAAUACAGCGAAACUGGCUAACGAAUACUUGAGUUGUACGAUAGUAAAAAAUCAAAGUGAAAAUGACUUGAGACAAGCAAUGAAUGCAAUUUCGGUUUUACUCCUACUUUUUUGAUAAAUUCUCAAAACAGCGACACAGGCUAACGAUUACUUGAGUUGUGCGAUACUAAAGAAUCAAAAUUAAGAUGAUUUCAGACAAGCAAUGAAUGCCAUUUCGGUUUUACUCUUACCUAUUUGGAUACAUUCUCAAGUUGGUCUAGAUUUGGUUAGACGCUAAGCUUUAAUUACGGACCGGAGACGACGGAUAUGAAGGAAUCUAACUAAUUUUGAAGGAUCUUAACAUUACAAUUACAAUUCCCCCCAAUAUAUAUAUAUACACACGAAUAUAUAUAAUACUAAAUAAGGCUUAAGUAACGUUGAUGUGAAUUUAAUUAAAUCAUUAAAUACAUUACAUUAGUAAA